UGUCUCUCUCUCUCUUCUUGUGUGGGGGAGGGAGGUUGCUGCUUGAGAAAUAAAAGAACCUACAGGAACAGAGAAGUCACUGCAAAAGCCUUUUACUUGCAUCUUUUGCUCUCUACACUACUCCACUCGCAUACCAACUCACCAAACAAAACAAGGAGCUUUUUUAGCUAUUAAAACCCAACAAAACAAAAAACCCCGUUAAAAGCAAACCCCCAACCAAUCUCUCUGUCCCUCUCUCUCUCUCUCUCUGUCCAUGGACUUGCAACUGAAGCAAUGGAGGAAGCAGCAGGACGGGUCAGAGCCACCAGCAGAAGCAGCAGCAGAAGCACCCCCUGCAAAGUUCCCAAGGCUCGUUCUUGAUGAACCCCAUCACCCACGAUCCCAAUCACAAUCGCAACCAAUGCAAUCUCUCGCUACUGCCUCCUCCACUCUCCCUCUGUUUGUUCCCGAUAAACUCGGCAGCAACAUGUCAGCAGCGGCGUUCCCAGAUUCUGCUCCUGCCGCCCCCAGAUCCUUCCCCAGGAUGGGGAGCUAUUUCAGCUUGGCUCAGUGGCAGGAGCUGGAACUUCAGGCUCUGAUCUACAGAUACAUGCUAGCUGGAGCCGCCGUCCCGGCCGAGCUGCUCCAGCCGAUCAAGAAGAGCCUCCUACAGGCCCCUUAUUUCCUCCAUCACCCUCUUGGCCAUCUGCAACAUUACCCUCCAUAUCAGCCUGCUUUGUUGCAGGCAGGGUAUUGGGGCAGAGCCUCCAUGGAUCCGGAGCCCGGGAGGUGCCGCCGCACCGAUGGCAAGAAGUGGCGGUGCUCGAGGGAUGUGGUGCCCGGCCAGAAGUACUGCGAGCGCCACAUGCACCGCGGCCGUAACCGUUCAAGAAAGCCUGUGGAAAUCCCCACGCCUGCGGCCGCCAAUGGUGGCGCUGCUGCCAGGGGCUUUAGUGGGAGUAGUCUCAAAUCUGCUGAUCCCGUGGUCACCACCGCCCCUCUAGCGGCAGUGGCCGGGGGCGGCCAUUUCUCGCUCGCGGGGCCUUCGCCCUCGAUUGAUCUCUUCCAAAGUUACUCCGAGCCCAAGAGCGACAACAAGCACCUCUUUGAAUCCCAGAGCGAGGCAAACAACGGCGGCAGAUCCGAUGGGCAUAUAUUGAGGCACUUCUUCGACGACUGGCCGAGAUCGCUCCAGGAUUCGGAUAACUCCUCAAGCAAUGCUAGCCCGAUGAGCUCGUCCACCUGCCUCUCCAUCUCCAUAUCCGGGAACCCCUCCUCCGACGUGUCCCUGAAGUUGUCCACUGGCCACGGCGACGAGCCCAGCGCGAACGGUAGGGAUGCCGCCGAGAGGGACCAGCCCCAACUCGGCAAUUGGGGCACCGGCUGGUCGCCGAACCAGGUGGCUUCGAUGGGGGGUCCGUUGGCCGAGGCGCUGAGGUCGUCCACGAGCCAUUCGUCGUCCCCCACGAGCGUCCUGCAUCAGGUGCCCCGCGGCUUGGCCUCGGAAGCUAGCUACAUUAGCACCUAAUCUGGUGUCCUAGGUGGGUCUUAAACGGGUGAGGGGUGACAAAAGAUGAGGGCGUCCUAUCUUCUUUGCUGGUUUUGUUUGGUCACACUCUUCCCUGCUCACAUCACUCAGAUGAUAUUCUGUAAAUUGGGUGUGUUUCUGUGGUCCUACGCCACAUUAUCUGAACUGAUCUUUCCUUUAACCCCCGAGUGUUUAACGGGAAACAAGAAAGAAAGAGUGUACUAUGCACCAGAGAGUGCUGAUUUCAUA